AUGGAGGAGCGGUUAGAGGGGCGCAUUUUUUUGUCUGACAACUGGGCUAGAAUGGCGCGACGCUUCUUCACAACGACGACGAUGGCACGUGGCGGCAUGGAUUACGCUUCGUUUCUUAGUGAGACGAGCCUGCGUCGCCAGCCCUCUCCUAUUCGUGCUUUACAGCCCUUGGUCAACUUGCCUGGCAUGAUCAGUUUGGGUGGUGGGAUGCCCAAUCCUGAAACCUUCCCAAUCGCCUCUCUGGACAUCAACCUUAAAUCGGGCGAGGCCACGGCCGACAAUUUGCGCUUGACCAUCACCAACGGUAGUCAAGAAGCUGUGACACGCUGCUUUGACAUGCUCUUGGACAAGGGUGAUGCCGUCAUUCUGGAGGCGCCGACCUACAGUGGCACCCUGGCUGGUCUAUACCCCAAGCAGGUCAAGCUUGUCCUCAUCUCGACUGAUGAUCAAGGCAUCAAGCCAGCAGAGCUUGAUGAGCGCCUCUCCAACUGGGACGCGUCCAAGGAACUGUAUCAGGUUGCGCAGCGUCACAACCUUCUCAUUCUAGAGGACGACGCCUACCGAUACCUCAACUUUGAGCCCAAACGUCCACCUAGCCUGCUCAGCAUGGAUGUGGAUGGUCGCGUCCUGCGCUUCGAUUCGAUUUCCAAGAUUGUCUCCUCUGGUUUGCGCCUGGGCAUGGUCUCAGGACCCGAGCCAUUGAUUGACCGUAUCAACCUUCAGAGCCAAGCCACUACCUUGCAUCCUUCGGGCGUGUCUCAGGCCAUUCUCUUGAAGCUCCUACAGCAUUGGGGUUACGAUGGCUUUGAGGAGCACGUGCAGCAAGUGUCCGACUUUUAUCGCAAGCAGCGAGAUGCGCUUUUGGCAGCAGCUGAUCGACACUUGGCAGGCAAAGCUACAUGGAACAAGAACAUCACCGCGGGCAUGUGUCUUUGGAUUCGACUUAACAACGUGGACGAUACCAAGGAGCUUAUCACGAAGCGAGCCGUCGAGCAGAAGGUACUCUUUGUGCCUGGCGACGCCUUUUUGCCAGCGGACGUGGACCAUCAUUUGUUGACGACGCCCGAAACGCCCUUAUCCAAGACGCCCUACCUUCGUGCCACCUUCUCCAUGGCCACGCCAGAGGAAAUGGACGAGGCACUUCGCCGGCUGGCGGCAUUGCUCGAUUAAAUGACGUACUCGCCCCGCUUGGCUUAUCGCCUCCCUUUGCAACAAUCGCAUGGUGCUGGCCUCUGCUUGCGCACACUGU